AUGGCCAGCAAGCUCUGCAGAAGCAGGGCUAUGGCCUCGGCGCUGCGGCCGGCUAAACCGUCGCUGGCAGCUCGCAACGAGGCCGCCGUCGUGCGGUGUUUCGCGACCACUGCUCGCAAUCAUGUCGCAGUCCCCAAAGACGUCAAGAACCCGCGCUCGGCGCCGCGCGAUUCCGUCGGCACACUGAAGGCGCCUCUCGUCAACCCGGCCGACAAAUACCAGUCCAAGGCCGACGACUUGCACAAGUACGGCUCGUGGCUCAUGGGCUGUCUCCCCAAAUACAUCCAGCAAUUCUCCGUCUGGAAGGACGAGUUGACCAUCUACAUCUGCCCCUCCGGCGUCAUCCCCGUUUUCACCUUUUUGAAGUACAAUACUGCUGCCGAGUUCACCCAAGUCAGCGACAUCACCGCCGUCGACUUCCCCACCCGCGACCAACGGUUCGAGAUUGUCUACAACCUUCUCAGCGUCCGCCAUAAUGCGAGGAUUAGGGUGAAGACGUAUGCCGACGAGGUUUCGCCCGUGCCCAGCAUCACGAGUCUCUACGACGGUGCCAACUGGUACGAGCGUGAAGUAUACGACAUGUUUGGCGUCUUCUUCGUUGGCCAUCCUGAUCUGCGCCGCAUCAUGACAGAUUAUGGGUUUGAGGGGCAUCCACUGAGGAAGGAUUUCCCCCUCACUGGCUACACGGAAAUUCGGUACGACGAGGAGAAGAAGCGCAUUGUUACAGAGCCCCUUGAGCUCACCCAGGCGUUCCGCAACUUUGAAGGGGGGUCCAGCGCCUGGGAGCAGGUCGGUGCUGGUGUAGACCGGACACCUGAUACGUUCAAGCUACCGACUCCAAAACCGGAAGAAAAGACUGAGGAAAAGAAAUAG